CAGAGUAAUCAUUAAGACAGUGAACAUCAAAGGACUAAACCAUGGGUGACGCGCUGAUGGCAGAGUUUGGGGCGGCGGCUUCAUUUCUGAGAAAAUCAGAUAUGGAGCGUCUGGAGGCCCAGACUCGCCCAUUUGACAUUAAGAGGGCAUGCUUCGUGACGGAUCCUGAGGUUGAAUUUGUGAAGGGAACCAUUGUCAGCAGAGACGGGGACAAAGUCACCGUUGAUACUGAGUAUGAGAAGACUGUCACUGUGAAAGAAGACAACGUCCACCAACAGAAUCCACCAAAAUAUGACAAAAUUGAGGACAUGGCGAUGUUAACCUUCCUGCACGAACCUGCUGUGCUGUUUAACCUCAAAGAGCGUUAUGCAGCCUGGAUGAUCUACACCUACUCUGGGUUGUUCUGUGUGACUGUCAAUCCCUACAAGUGGCUGCCAGUGUACAACCAGGAAGUUGUUGAGGCUUACAGAGGCAAGAAGAGGACUGAAGCUCCUCCUCACAUUUUCUCCAUCUCUGACAAUGCCUACCAAUACAUGCUGUCAGACAGGGAGAAUCAGUCCUGCCUGAUUACUGGAGAAUCUGGUGCUGGGAAGACUGUGAACACCAAGAGAGUCAUUCAGUACUUUGCCAGCAUUGCUGCUGUAGGUGGAGGCAAGAAGGAUCCGAAUGACAAAAAGGGAACCCUGGAAGAUCAAAUCAUCCAGUGUAACCCUGCUCUGGAGGCCUUUGGUAAUGCAAAGACCAUCAGAAAUGACAACUCCUCUAGAUUUGGUAAAUUCAUCAGAAUCCAUUUUCAUGCAACUGGCAAACUCGCCUCUGCUGACAUUGAGACAUAUCUCCUGGAGAAGUCUCGGGUGACUUUCCAGCUCAAGGCUGAGAGAGAUUAUCACAUCUUCUACCAGAUCCUCUCUAUGAGGAAACCAGAACUGCCGGAGAUGCUGCUCAUCACAACCAACCCCUACGACUAUGCUUUCAUCUCCCAAGGACAGACCACAGUAGCAUCCAUUGAUGAUGGCGAUGAGCUGAUGGCUACUGAUGAAGCUUUUGAUGUGCUGGGCUUCACUGCAGAAGAGAAGAUGAGCAUUUACAAGCUGACUGGUUCCAUAAUGCACUAUGGCAACUUGAAGUUCAAGACGAAGCAGAGAGAGGAGCAGGCAGAGGCUGAUGGCACUGAGGAUAUAGACAAGGCUUGUUAUCUGAUGAACUUGAACUCUGCUGAAGUCGUCAAGGCCUUAUGUAACCCAAGGGUCAAAGUAGGAAAUGAGUGGGUCACCAAGGGACAGAGUGUCCAACAGGUGUACUAUGCCAUUGGAGCCCUGGGCAAGUCAAUAUAUGAGAAGAUGUUCAACUGGAUGGUAGUGAGGAUCAACAGCCAAUUGGACACUAAACAACCUCGCCAGUACUUCAUUGGUGUGCUGGAUAUUGCUGGAUUUGAGAUCUUUGAUUUAAAUACCUUUGAGCAACUAUGCAUCAACUUCACUAAUGAGAAGCUGCAGCAGUUCUUCAACCACCACAUGUUUGUACUGGAGCAAGAGGAGUACAAGAAGGAGGGCAUUGUGUGGGUUUUCAUUGACUUUGGCAUGGACUUGGCGGCGUGCAUUGAACUCAUCGAAAAGCCCAUGGGGAUCAUGUCCAUUCUUGAAGAGGAGUGCAUGUUCCCCAAGGCCAGUGAUGCUACAUUUAAAUCCAAGCUUUAUGACAACCACUUGGGCAAAAAUGCCUGCUUCCAGAAGCCCAGGCUAAUCAAGGGGAGACCAGAGUCCCAUUUCUCCCUAGUUCACUAUGCUGGAAUUGUUGAUUAUAACAUUUGCAACUGGCUGGUGAAAAACAAGGACCCCCUCAAUGAGACAGUUGUGGGACUGUAUCAAAAGUCAUCAAUGAAGAUGCUGGGACAACUCUUUGCUGGAUAUGCUGGGGCUGAUGAUGAGGCUACAAAGAGCAAGGAAGCUGGUAAGAAGAAGAAAGGUUCUUCCUUCCAGACUGUGUCCGCUCUCCAUAGGGAGAACCUGAACAAGCUGAUGACCAACUUGAGGUCGACUCACCCCCACUUUGUGCGCUGCAUCAUCCCCAAUGAGACCAAGACUCCUGGGGCCAUGGAGAAUCCUUUGGUCAUGCACCAGCUGCGCUGUAACGGUGUGCUGGAAGGCAUCAGGAUCUGCAGAAAGGGCUUCCCCAACAGGAUCCAGUAUCCAGACUUCAAACAGAGAUACCGUAUCCUGAAUCCUGCUGCUAUCCCUGAGGGACAGUUCAUGGACAGCAGGAAGGGGGCAGAGAAACUGCUGGGAUCUCUAGAUAUUGACCAUGAGCAGUACAGAUUUGGACACACUAAGGUGUUCUUCAAAGCCGGUCUCCUGGGUGCCCUUGAGGAGCUGAGAGACGACAGGCUCACUAUCAUCAUGACUGGUAUCCAAGCAAGUGGUCGCGGUAAUCUGGCAAGAGUUGAAUUCCAGAAGAUUGUUGACCGCAGGGAUGCCCUACUCGUGAUUCAGUGGAAUGUCCGUGCAUUCAUGGGUGUCAAGAAUUGGCCCUGGAUGAAGAUGUACUUCAAGAUCAAGCCCCUGUUGAAAUCAGCUGAAUCUGAGAAAGAGAUGGCCAACAUGAAGGAAGAAUUCCUGAAACUGAAGGAGGCCUAUGCUAAAUCUGAAGCUCGUAGAAAAGAGCUGGAGGAGAAAAUGGUUUCUAUUCUCCAAGAGAAGAAUGACCUGCAACUUACAGUUCAGACUGAACAAGAUAGUCUUUGUGAUGCUGAGGAACGUUGUGAGGGUCUGAUCAAGAGCAAGAUCCAGCUUGAGGCCAAAAGCAAAGAGCUGACUGAGAGACUGGAAGAUGAGGAAGAGAUGAAUGCAGAGCUGACUGCAAAGAAGAGGAAGUUGGAGGAUGAGUGCUCUGAGCUCAAGAAGGACAUUGAUGAUCUGGAGCUAACACUGGCUAAAGUAGAGAAAGAGAAACAUGCCACUGAAAAUAAGGUUAAAAACCUGACUGAGGAGAUGGCAGCUCUGGAUGAAAUCAUUGCCAAGCUGACCAAGGAGAAGAAAGCUCUACAGGAGGCUCAUCAGCAAACGCUGGAUGACCUUCAGAGUGAGGAGGACAAAGUCAACACUCUGACUAAGGCCAAAGCCAAGCUGGAGCAGCAAGUUGAUGAUCUUGAGGGCUCCCUGGAACAGGAAAAGAAGCUAAGGAUGGAUCUGGAGAGAGCUAAGAGGAAGCUUGAGGGUGACUUAAAGUUGACCCAGGAAAAUGUGAUGGACCUAGAGAAUGAUAAACAGCAGCUAGAGGAAAGGAUGAAAAAGAAAGACUUUGAUAUGAGCCAGCUUACCAGCAAGAUUGAAGAUGAGCAAGCUAUGGGAGCACAGCUCCAAAAGAAACUGAAGGAACUUCAGGCCAGAAUUGAGGAGCUAGAAGAGGAGCUGGAGGCUGAGAGAGCUGCCAGGGCCAAAGUGGAGAAGCAGCGGGCAGACCUGUCCAGAGAGCUGGAGGAGAUCAGUGAGAGGCUGGAGGAGGCUGGAGGUGCCACUGCUGCCCAGAUUGAGAUGAACAAGAAGAGGGAGGCUGAGUUCCAGAAGUUGCGCAGAGACCUUGAAGAGUCCACUCUGCAGCAUGAGGCCACCGCUGCCACACUGAGGAAGAAGCAGGCAGACAGUGUAGCUGACCUCGGCGAGCAGAUUGACAACCUUCAGAGAGUGAAACAAAAGCUUGAGAAGGAGAAAAGUGAACUCCGUCUGGAGCUGGAUGAUGUUGUCUCCAACAUGGAGCAGGUUUCCAAAGCCAAGGGAAACUUGGAGAAAAUGUGCAGGACCUUGGAGGAUCAGAUGACUGAAUAUAGGACAAAGUAUGAAGAAGCCCAGCGCGGCAUCAAUGAUUUUUCUAUGCAGAAAGCUAAGCUACAAACUGAAAAUGGGGAGCUUUCCCGGCAACUAGAAGAGAAGGAUUCUCUUGUCUCUCAGCUAACUAGAGGCAAGCAAUCCUACACCCAACAGGUUGAAGACCUUAAAAGACAACUGGAGGAAGAAAUCAAGGCUAAGAAUGCGCUAGCCCAUGCAGUGCAGUCUGCUCGCCAUGAUGCUGACCUCCUAAGGGAGCAGUUUGAGGAGGAGCAGGAGGCCAAGGCUGAGCUGCAGCGCAGUCUCUCCAAGGCCAACUCUGAGGUGGCUCAGUGGAGAACCAAGUACGAGACUGAUGCCGUCCAGAGGACUGAGGAGCUGGAAGAUGCCAAGAAAAAGCUGGCUCAGCGUCUGCAAGAUGCAGAGGAAGCUGUGGAGGCUGUUAAUGCUAAAUGCUCCUCCCUUGAGAAAACUAAGCAUAGACUGCAGAAUGAGAUUGAAGAUCUCAUGGUAGAUGUGGAGAGAUCCAAUGCUGCUGCUGCUGCCCUGGACAAGAAGCAAAGAAACUUUGACAAGGUCCUAGCGGAGUGGAAGCAGAAGUAUGAAGAGGCUCAGACUGAGCUGGAGAGCUCCCAGAAAGAGGCCAGAUCUCUUGGCACUGAGCUCUUCAAACUCAAGAACUCUUAUGAGGAAUCUCUGGAUCACCUGGAGACCAUGAAGAGGGAGAACAAAAACCUCCAAGAGGAAAUAUCUGAUAUCACUGAGCAACUUGGUGAGACUGGCAAGAGCAUUCAUGAACUUGAAAAGGUCAGAAAGACACUUGAGCAAGAAAAGGCAGAGAUUCAAACUGCUUUAGAGGAAGCAGAGGGUACUCUAGAGCAUGAGGAGGGUAAGAUCCUUAGAGCUCAGCUGGAGUUUAACCAGGUCAAAGCUGAUAUUGAACGUAAACUUACUGAGAAGGAUGAGGAGAUGGAGCAGGCCAAGAGGAACCAGCAGAGAGUGGUGGAUACCCUGCAGAGCUCCCUGGAGUCCGAGACUCGCAGCAGGAAUGAGGCUCUCAGGCUGAAGAAGAAGAUGGAGGGAGACCUCAAUGAGAUGGAGAUCCAGCUCAGCCAGGCCAACAGGCAGGCAUCUGAGGCCCAGAAGCAGCUCAAGGGUCUCCACUCGCAUCUGAAGGACUCUCAGCUUCAUCUGGAUGAAGCUGUCCGUGCUAACGAUGAUCUCAAAGAGAACACUGCAAUUGUGGAGAGACGCAACAAUCUGCUGCAGGCUGAACUGGAUGAGCUGAGGUCCCUGGUGGAGCAGACUGAGAGAGGCCGGAAACUGGCUGAACAGGAGCUGCUGGACGUCAGCGAGAGGGUGCAGCUUCUGCACUCUCAGAACACCAGCUUGCUGAACCAGAAAAAGAAGCUAGAGGGUGAUACAUCCCAGCUGCAGACUGAAGUGGAAGAGGCUGUGCAGGAGUGCAGGAAUGCUGAGGAAAAAGCCAAGAAGGCCAUCACUGAUGCUGCCAUGAUGGCAGAGGAGCUGAAGAAGGAACAGGACACCAGUGCUCAUAUGGAGCGCAUGAAGAAGAAUAUGGAGCAGACCAUCAAGGACCUGCAGCACCGUCUGGAUGAAGCUGAGCAAAUCGCCAUGAAGGGCGGCAAGAAACAGAUCCAGAAGCUAGAGUCCAGGGUGAAGGAGCUUGAAAAUGAGGUUGAGAUUGAACAACGGAAGGCCACUGAUGCUGUCAAGGGGAUCCGCAAAUAUGAGAGACGCAUCAAGGAGCUCACCUACCAGACUGAAGAAGACAAGAAGAAUCUGCAUCGUCUCCAGGAUCUAGUGGACAAACUGCAGAUGAAGGUCAAGUCCUACAAGAGAACAUCAGAGGAGGCUGAGGAACUGGCCAACGGCAGCUUGGGCAAGUUCCGCAAGCUACAGCAUGAGCUGGAUGAGGCUGAGGAGAGAGCUGAUAUUGCUGAGUCUCAGGUCAACAAGAUGAGAACCAAGAGCCGUGAUGCAGGUGGCAAGAAAGGUCAUGAUGAAGAGUGAAGCUCAGACUUGGACCUUUCCUAAGAGCAUUUCUGCCUUACAGUGAUUUAGUUGUCCUUUUAGCUGUGCUGUGUUACAGUAGAUUGAAUAAAAUGUGUGUUAAAAAUA